AUGAUACGUUCCGUCGGUGCGGCCGCCAUACGAUGCUCUGCCACGAGGCAAUUCUCAUCGUCACAGACGGCUAGCUAUUAUAAACUCGACAACUUUGGUCGUCCGCUGAAUCAAAUCCCCGAGUGGAUCGAUGAAGGUGUUGCGUUGCCUUUUCCCGGUGCUCAAACGACUAUAAGAUCGCAGAAAUUCAAAAAGCAGUUCCGUAAAAAUUCUGUCGUCCGAACUUCUGGAUUGAACAUCGUCGACAACUCAAAAUACAGCGCGAAUCAGCAAGAAACGGAGCCUCGUUUUGUAAGCAGCUACCGUAAACAAAGACGAUACAAUAACGGAACAGUUGGGGAUUUAGUCUUGGUAUCAGUUGGGGCAGAAUUCAAACGAGGGCUGAUAAUUGGAAUGUCGAAGCAUCACAAAACUUUCAGACCAUAUUUUGAUAAGAAUAAUGUUGUUUUAUUGAACGACGAUGGAUCACCCGCUGGCACGCGAAUUUUAGCGCCUGUUCCAUCUUGGUUCAAAGAUCCCAAAGAAAUAAAACGAAUCGAAGCACAAGGACAAGUCUGUAAUAUGGAUGUACAAAUGAAUAAAUUAAUCGCCAUCACUGGCACCUUCAUCUAA